AUGGCAGGGCGGACCUCCUUCCUGGCGGCUAGCUCUAUCAGACGCAAGCCAGAUAUGAAGCUCCUCAUAUUAAAGGCGGACAGUCCAUCCUGGUCCUCAGCUCGCGUUGCCCCAGACGAGUCGAAAGCAUCGCCCUUCUUCGACAAAAUCACACACCUGCGACUUGGCCUCGUUGGACAUUACUCGACCCACCUCGACAUCGCCCACUUCAAACGUCUCACCCAUGUCGCCAUCCCGUAUCAAGGCCCGCAAGGUGGACAGUUAAAUGACACUUUGCGCAUAUUCGAUUUGCCAGCAACCAUGUUUCUUGUCAUCGUUCUCCUGACAGAUCUGUUAACCGUGAACCACUAUCAAGAGGCUCUAGUGUGGCUUGCGAAGACACGUAUUACGAACUCGAAAGUAUACGCCAUUCCAUCACGUACGGAUCGUCUGCAACGCGAAUGGGAGGAAGAAACCACGCUAACUCCUCCGCAAGCCCCUGCGGAGACCCAAAAACACGUCGGCGCUAUAGGCCUGGAAGUCACAAAAAUUCCUCGAUUCAUCAAGAUGUGCUUUUGGGUGACUGGCACCCUCAAAGGCAUCGUCCUUAUCACGAGCGCUUAUCCUACCCAUUUCUUGUUGGCAUACAUCCUUCGGAAUCUCGUACAUUUUCCUCAACACGAGAUGCAUACAUCUGGGCCCUUCCUCGCCGCAUGGAUCACCAGCCUCUCCACCACCCUCAUUCGUCGGCGAUGCUACCAUGUCCUUGGCCGGAUGUUCACUUUCGAGCUGACCAUCCGCAAGAAUCACUGGUUGAUCACCUCGGGACUGUAUGCAUAUGUUCGACACUCUAGCUACUCGAGCGGAGCUCUUGCACUAUUCGCCGCUCUCGAAGACGCUGAGGACAAGGUCAUCCGUGUGAAGGAUGAACCUGAACAGGGUGUGAUAAUACUGGAUAACGACACUGACACUGACUUGAGCAGCCCCGGGUCCACUAAAAGGGAGGACUCUCCCAAGGUGGAAAUUGUAUCAGCGUUUCUGAAGCCAGACCCUGAUGAUGAAGUCAUAAUCCUCGACUCUCCGAAGCGUCCUGUAAAGAAGCAGCGACUCGUUAUGGAAAUUGUCCUUCCUACUAUGGUGCAACUAAUAGCACAGAGGAAGAAAGAAGCCGUCAAAGUAGACAAGAAGAUGAUAAAGGGAAUGAAGCUGACGAGGGGCAAGAAGAUUAAGAAGGUCGAAAACAUGCAAUUCAGCCUGGACACCGUCAACAACAGGUUGAAGCUAGUCAACGCUGUUGUACCAUACGAGGUCACACUGGACAAAGAAAUACAAGAGUUCACAGUCUCCCAGGAUUUCAUGUCCUCGGUAUAUGGUGGGAGCAUGCAGGCUACACGUCCAAAAAUCUCAGACACCUGCUUCCGAGCUCAUGGGUACAACAUGUUUGCUUACCUUCAUGAGGAAUACCACCCACAUGCACCGCGGUUUGCUGGGGGACCAGGACUUUUCCUUGGCACAGAAGGUGGGGAAGACUGGGGCGGAUCACAACGUGUCUUCACCAGGAUUCUGCCUAACAUAUGGCAGUAUAUGGGCCAGUACCAAGUAAAAUCAACCGAAUCUCUGAAACCUGAAGAAUGGAAGUGA